GGCAGACAAAUAUUAUAGACUUGUUUGCUUUGUGGUAGACAUAUGUGCUGACGUUUUAAGGAAAUAUUUUGUAAAACUUGCCAAAACUGAUGCUGGGAACACUUAUACAUCAGUCGAUGCAUAUCUAUCUCACAGAAAGCAGGAUGUGAUGCAAUUAUUCAAUAACAAAAAGCUUAGGAGAGAUCAGUAUGAUUUAUUGUAUCCUGUUAACGGUACCGCUGAUGAAAAUCAAUGGGACGUAUCAAUACUUGUACUAUUGAUAUCAGAACUUUUUGUCACACGUCUGCAGCCACUCGUAAUCGUCGCUUUGAAAACAGAAAUUCGAGGGAUUCGGAAUGAGUUGCAACAUCACCCAACUACUGGCAACAUUUCAGAUGAUGACUUUGAUAUUUAUUGGGGACGAUUGGACGAUUCUAUUAGGCUAAUAGCAAAGAAUGUGCUUGAUCCAAAUGAUGAAGCAUCCUUACUAGCGAAAAUAAAACAGGUAAAAUGUAAUCAUCUACCAAAUCUCGGUGAUUGUUUACGUAUUUGGCAUGAAGAAACCUCUAAGCAGUUGUUAAACAUUAUGAAUGAAGUGCAAGCGAAUGCCGAAGAAACAACUUCCAUUCUCAGACAAGUGACGGCCCAGAAACCAGGACCUUUGGGGGACAAAAAUAAAAGAAUCAAAGUUGCUGAUGAUAUUCUGGCACGGCUUCAAGCGGGGUUUGAGUCAACGAUGAAAGAACUAUCAGACGAAUUCAAUCCGCCAAAUGAAAUGACAGAAAUUCGAUCUAAACUAAGAGAUUGCCAUCAUGUGGUUGUAACCGGAUGCAACAAUAGCCGUUACUUUGAGACCGCUCUUGCAGCAGUAAAGGGGAUGGACUAUAAUCACAAACGAAGCGUAGAAAUGCACACUUCGUCUGAUUGGAGACACAUUGACCCUGAAGAUGUAGACUUGGUUUUAUGUAGAGAUCCUUUUGGAAGAAUUUCUUAUGAUGAAAGCAAAGCUAAAGCCAUGGAUGAUAUAUUUAAAAGCAUGAUGCAUUCAACAAAGAGAGAUAAUGGCGAUAAAGCCCUGGAUAUUGUCAUAGUUAGUGACCUGAAGAUAUUGGAAGAGUGCAAAAUGCACCAUGACCAUGAACUCUUAGACGAAAUGGUGAAGGUGUUUACUGAUACAAGUUCAACACAACCGGCUGAUCUUACAAUAGGAUGUACAAGUCAGAGUCAGUCGCCUUCCUUGCCAUUACUGAAGAAUUUAAAAGUGAUGACUAGCAACUUUCUCAAGACAUAUCAGAUAUCUUGCGGUCAGGUGAAUUCAGACGUACUUAGAAAAGCAAAGGAUAAGAUCAAGGCACAUAAGGCAAUAGUUCUAUCAGGUCCUAAAAACUGUGAAAAAACUUCAGUUGCUGUUGCAUUAACGUCUGCGUAUGAAUCAUCCCAAUGUUUACUUCUCAAGAAACCUAACGAUGUCAAUUACAUUGACUUUGCAAACAUCUGCUUGGUUAUCAUUGACGAGUUUGCAGGAAAAUAUCGUUACGAAGAGAAUGAUGUGUACGAAUGGUACAACAUGUUUGACCACCUGUACAAUGCCGUUAUAGCAGGACAGAUGAACGUGAUAAUAACGUGUGAAAAGGGUAAACUAGACAAAUGUAUCAACGAAAUUGGACGGCAUGCUAUUCUUGACCACGUGGUGGAUGUACCUUUACAAACAAUUGUCGUUAAAUCAGAGGUUACUGAACGACUAGAAUAUGGACAUGUGUCUGGACAGUUAGUCACUACAGAUCUUUCUAUAGGCCCCAUAUCAAAUAUCACACAGUCUAAGAACUACACACCACAAUUGACAGUGGUACCGUCACAAUUGCCAAACUUGCUGUCAAGUCAUAACACGAUGAUUCCGGUUUCAACAGGGAAUACUUCACUUCAAGGUACACCACAAACAGAAGGACUAGAAUAUGGCCAUGUGUUUGGACAGUCACUCAAUACAAAUCAUUCUAUAGGCACAAUAUCAAAUACUACACAGUCUUAUAACUACGCACCACCAUUGCCAGUGGUACCGUCACAAGGGCCAAUCUUGCUUCCGAUUUCUACAGAAAAUACGUCACUUCUAGGUAGAGCACAAAGGGAAGGAAUACAAAAUUCGAUGCAGUUGAAAAGAGGAUUACAAAGUGAUUUACUGACCGAGACAAUUGAUUUGAGUGUAAAGAGAUCGAGGUCAAUGUCGUCAGAUGUAUGGUCAGUCGAAGAGAAAAGUGAAAUUAAAAUCAGUACCAAUGAUGAUAGUCAGGAAUGUUUCAUUAACGGAAGUUGUAUACUACCUUCAGGAGAAAUUCUGCUUGCAGAUAACAAUAAUAAUAACUUGAAGAAACUUGAUAACAUGUAUAAUGUAAAGUGUGUGUGUGAUCUUCCUGGUGAACCACUUGAUGUUUGCUAUGUCGGGGAUAAUGUAGCUGUUGUAUCACUGUUGGGGGACAAACUUCAGUUUGUUAAUACAAAACGUAGUAUGACACUGAGUAGAUCCAUUUAUACAGAUCAUAGGUGUAGUGGUCUGACUUGUCAUGGUGAUCAGAUGUAUGUUAGAGACUCUUAUGGUUCUGUUUAUAGUUAUAGUACAGAUGGUAUAAAGCAGCAGAUGAUUUAUUCAUCUACAAAUGGUAUAUCUGCAGGUAACAAUAUUACUGUGAGUAAUGAUGGAAGUAAGUUAUACCUACCAUAUCAUAAUAAGCUUGUUACCAUUGACAACAAUGGAAACCAUUUGUUUACAUUAAACAAUCUAGACAUACAAAGCUUAUGUGGAGUUUGUGUAGAUGAUCAAGGGUAUGUUUUUGUAAAUUGUACGAAUGGGAAUUUUUUACAAAUGAGUGAAGAUGGUAGAACUUUUCUUCAAUUCAUAACAAAGGUAUCUGACAUGACAUAUGCAUUUAUUUCUACAGUAACAUUUGAUAGGAAAAAUAAAGCUCUGAUAGUAGCAGGAAAUUCAGACAAAAUAAGAGUCCUUAAACUGCGGAAACAAUGUGAAACUCAAACAAAAUGAAUAAAUAGGAUACUGUGAUCAUAUAAUGGACAACUAAAUAAAGUUAAGAUUUCUUAAUAUAUAAUACACUUUAUUUUUACUGGCAUAAUGUAAAGUUAGAAAUUUCCUCACAGUCACUAGAUUGCGGAACAAAAAUGAUUUUCUGUUUUAAAUUCAAAGUGUAGAUAAAGCAAGAAAUAUGUUUAUAAACUUUUACUUUGACAAUACAACAUAAGAAUUUUAUUUUUUACUAGGUAUAAGACACCUCCUUUUUCUUCCUUUUUAAAGUCAAAGGUAUAAAUCUUAAUGAUUGUUUAAGUAAAAAACACCCAAAGUGUAUGGAUAUUUUCCAUGAUAUUUUAUUCAAAAAUAAUGUUAUCAACAUGUCAAAUAAUACAGUAUAACACAAGUAAAUAAAUGCGUACAAUAACAACAAUAUCAUACAAUAAUAACAAUAAUGUCUGUGUCAUUACGUAUAUAUAACUAUGCAGUAUUUUAAUCAGGAAUUUUACAUAGUGUCUUAAAGAUCCUUUACACAUAUGGAAAAUAUGUUCUAUAUGCUCUCUACAUAUCGCAUGUAAAUAUAUUGACUUUUGCUUCACAUAGUCAAUUUCAAUUCAUAUUUUAUUCAUAUGGCAUAGGUACAUAUUAGUUCAUUCUACAUUGAUAAAUACAUAGAGGAUAUUCAAGUUUUGUCUAUAAAUACAUUAUUUAUUUUCAUCGAGUGGUAUGAAAAUAAAUAUUUCAUGAGUGGCGGUAGCCACGAGUGAAAUAUGGUAAUUUUCAAGCCACAAGAUGAAAAUAAAUCAUGUAUUUAUAGACAAAACUUGAAUUUUCUGUUUAUUAUAUAUACAUUUUUCUCUUUUUUGACAUUAAAAUUUGAAAGACUUUCCCUUAAAUUUUGUGUACUGGCAGAAUUUAAAAGAAAGUAGUCCGGCAAGACACCAGUGAAAAUACGGAAAAUAUGUUUCACUGCAGUGAAAAAUAAAUUUUUACAGUGAAAAUACGGAAAAUGAAAAUACGCAUUUUAUUUCAUCAAUAUUUCUCAAUAUUUCAUUUGUAAGUAUAUAAUAAAUAUGUAUAUUUACUGUAUAUAUGUAUUGUAUUUAUUUUUUUCUUUAUGUGUGUUUUUUUCUAUAUUGUAAAAUAUGUGACCUAAAAUCAUAUUCCAAAAUGCUUGUUACCUAUGUGUGUACAAGUUAUAAACUUUGUUCUGUUCUGUUCUAUAUUGAAUUUUGAUUCACAUAUUCAAUUGCUAUUCAUAUUUUUAUUCAUAUGGCAUAGGUACAUAUUAUUUCAUUACACAAUGAACAUGUUUGUGUUUGUUGGAUCAAAUAAAUAAAAUCAUUUUACAUUUAAUAAAUAUU